AUGAGCGAAUCGACUGUUGAUGCUUAUGUGUCAGGAACAGGGGGACAGUGCCUCGAAGCGUAUGUGCUGGUGAUCGUCGUUGAUCGUCUAGGUAAGGAACAUAUCGGCAGUCGUCUAUGUGGCAACAGUCUGCCACCAAAGAUCGUGACGAUGCAGCCGACCAUCUACGUGCAGUUCGUCACCACUGCACCAGGACGUCAACAUCGUGGGUUUCGCCUGCGCUAUGAUAUCAUCUAUGAGGGUGUCAUCAAGGAACCACCAUCGUAUCUCCCAGAUGAAGAAAAGGAAUUCAAAAGCGAAUGUGGC